GCAACUGGACGUACUUUCGCAUCUUGCCAAUGGCAUCAGCCCAACUGCCAGGCGACUGACUCGCGUUUGCCACUCCUGCCUCUGUAUGGGUGAGCCCAACCAGCUUGUGUGUGUGUGCGGUGUCCCUGUGUGCGCGUCAGCGGGUGUGUGCGUUUUGGCCAACUUUAAACGCUCUUAUCAGCGCGCGUGUGAAGCAUGAGCUUGGUGCAAACAAAGUUUUGGCGGCAUUUUCAAUUAAUGCCAAUGCUAGCAAAAGCCAGCGAAUAUUUGACAAAAAACCCCAUAAAGGAAAAUUGAAAGCAGCUCUUUUUUGGCUUUUGGAAGAGGAGCAAAAAAUACAUGUAUAGUGCAUACACCAGAAGGCAAUCGGAUGCGAAAUUUACUUCAAGGAUAUGAAAAUAGCACAUCAAAUGGGCCAUAAACACACGACAGCAAACGGAAGAGCUUAAAUAAACCAAAAAGAGUACAAAACAGCAGCAGCAGAAGCAACAAAGCCAAGUCGGCAACAAUCAACAGCACAAAAGCAACACACUGCCAAAGAGAAAUCUACCAAAGAAAAAAAAAGCAAAAAAAAAAAAAAAAAACACUGCACAAAUAAGGGGAAGUCGGAAAGAAAAGUGAAAGCCAAAAGCCGAAAUUGUAAACGCUCCAUGUAAACACUUGAAAGCUCGUUAGGAUAAUACAUCCUGCCCGGCACCAAGCACACGCUGGCACAAAAAAAAAAAAUAGAAAGAAAGGGCAGCGCGGAGAAAGUAGGGAAAGUGUCACCAUGCGCCGUCCCGCGUGUCUGAGUGGCCGCCAGCUGAAACAACGGCACCACGCCCACGAGCACCCGCCCACCCACACAGACACACACAUGCGCCAGCAGGCCAUUGCCAUUGCCAUUGCCGUUGCAUAGUCGCGCUUCCGUUUCCGUCUACUCCUCAUUUCCGCUGCGGCUGCAAUUAAGCGAAGCAGAGCAUCCCGAAAAACACACCGAAUAUCCACAAAAUGGCGCACGAGACCAGCUUUAAUGAUGCGCUCGACUACAUUUACAUAGCGAACAGCGUAAACGACAGGGCCUUUCUGAUAGCCGAACCACAUCCGGAGCAGCAGGGCCUCGAUGGCCGGGAGCAGGACGAGGAGGAGGAGGAGCAGCAGCUGGAGGACAUGGCGGUCACGGAGGACGUCCAGCUGGAGGACACCAAUAACAACAACAGCGACCGCUACUACAGUUCGGGUAAGAGACGCGGGAAUUUCAUUAGUUCCCUGGCGCUGAAACCACCGCCCACCGAUGCCAGCACCACCACCACCACCGGUUCCCCAUUGGCCACCGCCGCUCUGGCAGCAGCCGCUGCAAGUGCCUCGGUGGCAGCAGCGGCUGCCAGGAUAACGGCCAAGGCGGCACACCGGGCCCUGACGAGCAAACAGGACGCAGGAUCUGCGCCGGCAUCCUCGCCAGCCCUUCAACUGAUCGACAUGGACAAUAACUACACGAAUGUGGCCGUUGGCCUCGGGGCCAUGCUCCUCAACGACACGCUCCUCCUCGAGGGCAACGAUACCAGCUUGUUCGGUGAGAUGAUGUCGAAUCGCAGUGGCCAGCUGGAUCUGGCCAACGGAAGUUCGGGCCUUAAUUUGACCACCAGCAAGGUGGCCGAGGAUGAUUUCACGCAGCUGCUGCGAAUGGCCGUCACAUCGGUGCUGCUCGGCCUGAUGAUACUGGUAACCAUAAUUGGCAAUGUCUUUGUCAUCGCGGCCAUUAUCCUUGAGCGGAAUCUGCAGAACGUGGCCAACUAUCUGGUGGCCUCGUUGGCCGUCGCCGAUCUCUUCGUGGCUUGUCUAGUGAUGCCCCUGGGAGCCGUUUACGAGAUCAGCCAAGGUUGGAUACUUGGCCCGGAGUUAUGCGAUAUCUGGACCUCGUGCGAUGUCCUCUGCUGCACAGCCUCGAUUUUGCAUUUGGUGGCUAUUGCCGUGGAUCGAUACUGGGCGGUGACCAAUAUAGACUAUAUCCACUCGCGGACCAGCAAUCGCGUUUUCAUGAUGAUUUUCUGCGUUUGGACAGCGGCGGUGAUUGUCUCCUUGGCGCCACAGUUUGGUUGGAAGGAUCCCGACUAUUUGCAGCGCAUCGAGCAGCAGAAGUGCAUGGUUUCGCAGGAUGUGUCAUAUCAGGUAUUUGCCACCUGUUGCACAUUCUACGUGCCGCUCUUGGUCAUCCUGGCACUCUACUGGAAAAUCUAUCAAACGGCCCGCAAACGCAUCCAUCGUCGACGACCGAGACCCGUCGAUGCAGCGGUCAAUAAUAAUCAGCCGGACGGCGGUGCGGCAACAGAUACGAAACUUAAUCGACUGCGUCUACGGCUCGGCAGAUUCUCCACGGCCAAGACCAAGGCCGGAAGUGCCGGGACGGCGGGCCUCUCAGGACCCGGAUCCGGGGGCAGGGCUUUGGGCCUGGUCGACGGCAACUCAACGAACACGGUCAACACCGUCGAGGACACCGAGUUCAGCAGCUCCAAUGUGGACAGCAAAAGUCGAGCUGGCGUCGAGGCGCCCAGCACGUCGGGCAGUCAGAUCGCCACGGUGUCGCACCUGGUGGCUCUGGCCAAACAGCAGGGCAAGUCCAGCGCCAAGUCCGCGUCGGCUGUCAACGGAGCGGCCACCUCGGGCAAGGGGGACGACGGCCAGGAGCCGGAUGAUGGGGAGGAGCACGAGGAGAACGACGAGGACCGCGAGGACCAGGACCCCGAUGAGCCGCAGCCCGCAACCGCAACAUCAGCAACGCCAGCGGCAGCAAACGAGGAGGAGGACCAGUGCAAGGCCAAUGGGGUGGAGGUCCUGGAGGAUCCGCAGUUGCAACAGCAGCUCGAACAAGUGCAGCAGCUGCAGAAAUCGGCCAAAACUGGUGGAGGCGGUGGGGGCGGGGCGAGCACAUCAAAUGCCACCACAAUUACGUCGAUAUCGGCACUAUCGCCACAAACGCCGACUUCGCAGGGAAUCGCCACUGCUGCCGCCGGACCGAUGACGACCAAAACCAGCACGCUGACGAGCUGUAACCAAUCGCAUCCGCUUUGCGGCACCGCCAGCGAGUCCCCCUUGACCCCAGAGCCACGCCCCCGACAGCAGCCGCCCCCGCAGCAGCAACAGCAGCAGCAGCAGCAGCAACUCUCGAGCAUCGCGAAUCCGAUGCAAAAGGUGAACAAGCGGAAGGAAACGCUGGAGGCCAAAAGGGAGCGAAAGGCGGCCAAGACGCUGGCCAUCAUCACCGGCGCCUUCGUCGUCUGCUGGCUCCCCUUCUUCGUCAUGGCCCUAACCAUGCCCCUCUGCGCCGCCUGCCAGAUCAGCGACAGCGUGGCCUCGCUCUUCCUCUGGCUGGGCUACUUCAACUCCACCCUCAACCCGGUCAUCUACACCAUCUUCAGCCCGGAGUUCCGCCAGGCCUUCAAGCGCAUCCUCUUCGGCGGCCACCGACCAGUCCACUACAGAAGCGGGAAGCUCUAGAUAGUGCAUGCGAAGAGGCGAAGACGCUUCUGCUAAACCGACAAGCGGAUGUUGAUCUAACCUCUUCGGCUAUAACCAGGCGAGGAUUAACGCAUCUUGUAUACCAAAGACGAUAAAAAACAAAAACGAGGAUGAAGGAUCCGAGAAGGAAGUCACAUAGCCCAUAGUUAUUAAGUGUGUAAAUAGCGGAUCGAAUUGAUGUUAACCUAUGCAAAUAUAUUCUGUUAGAUAUAGCUAAAUUUA